UGUCUUGGCCGCAGGACCGACUCACUGUUUUCCUGUUGUACCACAAGCUAUUCUGGCUUGGCCCCGAUUGUAGCAAACCCAGAACCAUUUCCCACGUCGCAGUGCAAAAAUGUGUACCAAAACCUAUACUGCAAUAUAUCUGCAAUAGUUCAAUUGGCCGCAGGAUCGGUUUUAUUCGGUUCAUAAGGACUUUGCACUUUGGACUCUGGACUUUCAGGUGCUCCGCCCUAUUUCGAGGUGUUUUUUUGGAGGAGAAAGGAGGAGGUAUAACAACCAUGCCCGAAUCAGUGCAGGAAUGUGGUGGACUCGUUUUGUGCCAGUGAAGAAGCCCUUCAAUUAACCGAAUCAACGAGACAAUCGGUAUAUAUUACGUUCCUGUUGGAAGAACAACAACAUAGAUCCCAGUUUCGUAGCCCAGGGUCCGCCAAAAAUUAGUCCGCCGGAAUGAGGGUGGCGGCGGACAUGGUGUUCGACUAUGGCAGCGAGGAGUCAAUGGGCACCACCCACCUGGACUGGCCCUUUCUCAUCAAGGGCAUCCUGGAGGGACAGACAUGCACGCCCAGUGCGCCGGAACCACUGGCCGCCAUCCUGUGGGCCAUCUUCGCCGUCUUCGGAAUUGUCUACGCUCUGCUUGGCUAUCGAUGCCUCCGCGCCGUGGGCUUCCUCAGCGGACUGAUGGUGGGCGCCAAUGGCAUCUUCAUUCUGCAGGACUUCCAGAUCACCUUUCUGGGCAAGCCGGCGGACUCGGCGCUGGCCAUUGUGGCCGGACUGCUGGGUGCCGUCCUGGGUUCCACAUAUCCAGUGGCCUCUGUACUUAUCAGCGCCUUCGCUGGAGCCCUGCUCUCCGGGGCCGCAAUGGCCGUAUGUGUGGCCACCUUUCCGGACAACGAGUUCGGGUAUCGCGAGAUCUAUGUGGCCGUGGUGGGCGGCGCCGUCAUCUGCUCCGUGCUGACCCUGUGCUGCGUCAAGUACGUGACCAUCCUCACCUCCAGCAUUGUGGGCACGGCCAUGAUCCUCAGCGCCAUCGACUUUUUCAUGCACGGCCUGGAGACCAUCAAUUGGAUAAUCGGCAUGCGACCGCAUCCCUUGCCGCCACCCUGCUAUGGGGGCCUCCUGAUCGCCGCCUGGCCGGUCACCAUCGUCCUCAGCAUCAUGGUGCAGUGCUUCAUCACCGCCUGGCGCGUGGACCAUCGCAAGCGGGUCUACAUGAGGCACCACAACCACCCCGGCCACGCCCACGGCGCCCACCUGCCGCACAGCCAGCAGCAGGCGGGACCGGGCCACGCCCUCGCCCCCGUCCGGCGAUCCCAGUCGCGCACCCGCGAGACGCGCGAGGAGGCCAGGCAGCGCAAGUUCCGCUACCUUUACCAGGUGCGCACGGCCCGCGGCGACAUCAUAUCGCAGAAUUUCGUUUCGGCCCUGCAGAAGCGCAUCCAGCUGAGCGGUACGGAGACCCCUUCUGAGCGGUCGAUCAAGAGCAGCUCCAACGAGCGGAACACAUUCCGAAGCGACCGCACGCACUUCACCACCAUCCACGACCCGGACUCGGAACUGUGCGACAAGAUCGAGAUCGUCCGUGACAUUGGAUAACAAACAAGCAAUAGCUACAUGUAACUAUACCCGUAAGGGGGCUACGGGCUGCGGUACUUGGGCAUGGAUGGGACACGGGUCGGGGGAUUAGCCUGGAUGAUCCAGGGGUUAGGAAAGUUGAGAAGGUCGAGGAAGUGGAUGACUCACACAAGUACGGUUGCAUGUAGACUUUGUAGAUGAGGCACAAAGUGCCAGACACACACCGGAAACGGAAACAGAAACAGUUGGACAGAGUGGAGUGGAUCAUUGGAAGCUUUAAAUAUCUGAGGAUAUACGGAUCUGGAGCUGGUUUCUCGCGCAUUGGAGCACUUUCAAGAGAUCAGCGGGACAAGAAGUAAUAGAUUAAGAUUAAUUGCAUCGUGCACAGCUAGAAUGUAAGAUAUUCGAUGGCAGGAAGCUUUUGUUCUCUUCACUUAUUCGAAUGUUACUAACGAUAGAAAUACUUACUAUGUAUGAAGAUAUGAAGAACGGAUAACUCAUAAGUUGACAUCUGCGAGUGAUGAAUGAUUUACUGUGGAUCAUGGGUACUGCGUAUUCCUGCAACUAAAACUAAACCUAACCAAGUACUAGUAACGCUUCUCCCACUUCGAAUAUAGCCAGGCAACCGCAAUUACUAAUCAGUUCAUAUCUGUGUUAUAAUUAUACGAUUACGAUUUGAGGGGAAACCAGAUUCGAGAUACAAGUGGCUCACGAAUAGAGCGUUGACAUUUCGUUCCAUUACAACUAUCAAGUAAAUACGCCUAAGAAUUACGUUGUAAACUCUAUACACUCGAGCAUACAUUGCAAUUUCCCGAACCCCCCUAAAAGAAAGUCGAAAAACACAAUACAAUACCUAUUAAGUACAAUAAAAAAGGGAUGGUUGGGAAAUAUGUAUGACCUAUACUCAUUUUAGUACGACUGUCCAGUCCGGGCAGAUGCAUUCGAAUUAUAAACCUGUACAGUUGGAGCCAUAGCCAUUUAGAGAUAGACCUAGCGUUAGCAUGUCGAUAAGCCAAAGCUAAGCCAUUUCAUUGUCGAUAUAUGGUAACUCACAAUCGCUGCAAAGGAGGGGAACUUAAGGUCCGACCAAGUCAAAAUUCAGCAUUGAACCCCCUUAACGAUCCGCUCGAUCAGCCGUCUUAGCAUUAUCCUUAAGAUUAACGUUCGAAACACACAUAUAUAUAUAUAUAUUAUAUACCUAUUAUAAGACAUUAGAUCCAUGCAAACAGCGGUACAAACUAAAAAAAAAAGAAUUCACGCGAUAAAAGCUAGCCGAGACAUACCAAAGUAAGUGAUAUGCAUUUUUAACUGUCUAGUUAAAGGGCCUAAGCGAAAAGUAGAUAUGCUCGUCUUUAAGAAGUCACCUUCUAAUAGGUCUAAGCGGUCUUCCACAUUUUCUCCUUUCAAAGAAUUGAAUAGUUUAACUGCCAAUUAUCUAAUCAUAUAGAAGUUUAACUAGUAGGAUUUUUCCAAAACUUUUGUACACCAUAAUUCCGUAGUUGCAAAACAGGUUGGGCUCAUUAACUAGACAAUUACAACAAAGAAUAUAAAAAUAAAUAAAUAAAAUAGUUUUAAAAAAAAUAAAGAACCCAAAGUGUUCUCAGAACCUUCAAGGAUUGGACAUUGCCAGGCAGAAACUUCCAUAUCGAAUCGGUUUGUUUCCAAAUCACAAAUAUGUAACUCAACUCAAGUUUCCUGUUAUGUUGAUUAACGCUUAGUUUUUAGGAAUUGCUGCCGUCCGCAAUUGUUGAUUUUAAGCUAUCCAAAAAAAACUGUAAAAGCGACAGAAACGUCGAAAAUUGUUGGUAAUUUUUUGAAACUGGAAAAUAAUUUCGAUAUUUCAAAAGAUAUUUCAGUUUGACAUUUAUCAAACAAAUGUCAAAUAUCUUUUAUGGAUAAAUGAAAAAAAUUUUCCGUUUUGAAAAGUUUUUCAAAUAUUUUUGACAGGUUUUUUGCGCUUAGAUUCUGUAUCUCUCCCUAUAUGUUGUUAAUUCUGUUCCUCUCGUUGUUUUAAUGUUCAACAGCAAUGUCUAAUCGGAGGAUAAUGCCAUUGGUAUGUUUUACAUUUAAGUUUGGCGAAUAAUAGAAUUUUUUGUAAGACAAGUGUUUGACACACUUAAUCCAAUAUAAUGAAAACGGAUAAUAACUGCAAACUAAAGUAGUGAAAAUCAUAAAAGAGUUGCACCUAUGUAUACACUAAUAAAAUUCAAAUAAAAAAUAAAAAUUAAUAUUAAAAAGGCCAAAUACGAUUGUCAGUGCAAUUCUAGCUUUGGUGGAAAUGUUGGAAUAGACUGCUAAUAAAAAAACAUCUUGUAAUAACCAAAGAGUAAACAUAUUAAAUAAACGAUGCAGGCCA